AAAAUGUAAGAAGCCUGAGGGAAUGCAGAAUGAAAUGUUUGUUGAGUGUUUCCUUUUAUCCCGGUAUGAUACUUUUGAAGUACUUUGACCUUCUUAAAGAGAGACCAAAAGAGCAUUCAAAGGGAGUCUAGACGCUCCCACCACAGAGAACUACUUAGCCAGCCACCUGUUACCGAGGGGAGGAUGUCCUGUACUUUCGUUGCGGUUGUUAUCUGGAGAAUACGGCUCCGGGGCCCCGGGCCGCCAGCUUCCCCGGCUUUAGAUACGCUGCCGCAGAGACCCCGCGCAGACUCGCGCGCAGGCGCGAGACGGUGUCGGCGUUCUGUGGCUGUGCUUUGGCGCCUGGCGCUCCGGUGUUCCGGAGUGGUUUCCCCCUUGGCCUGUUCUCCCUCUGCGCCCGAACUCAGUCACCGCUGCCCCUUCUCCAGGCCCUCUCCAGCCCAUGCCUAGGCCAGUCCCGGCGCGGCCCCUACCCUCUGACCCUGCGUUGCCUAAUGCCCGAGCAAAGUCCCCAAGGGUGUAAAACCCGGCCUUCCUGCCGCUGGGCGGGGACGGGCGGCCACGGUUCAGGGAGCUGAGGCGGCGAGGGUGCAGCCGGCACAGUCUACCGGCCAGGGCCCCGCUAGUCCCCUGGGAGCAGGCCCCCCGCACCGCUCAGCCCCACCGCCAGGCCCGCCCGCCGCCGCCGCCGCAGCCGCAGCCAUGGCGGAAGUUCAUAGACGUCAGCAUGCCCGGGUUAAAGGAGAAGCCCCCGCGAAAUCCUCCACACACAGACAUGAGGAGGAGCUGGGGAUGGCGUCGGCCGAAACGCUGACGGUGUUCCUGAAGCUGCUGGCCGCCGGCUUUUACGGCGUGAGCUCCUUCCUGAUCGUGGUGGUCAACAAGAGCGUGCUCACCAAUUACAGAUUUCCCUCCUCACUAUGUGUUGGACUUGGCCAGAUGGUGGCCACAGUGGCAGUUCUCUGGGUGGGAAAGGCGCUCAGAGUAGUCAAGUUUCCUGACUUUGACAGAAAUGUACCUCGAAAGACGUUUCCACUACCUCUACUAUAUUUUGGGAACCAAAUCACGGGACUGUUCAGCACAAAGAAACUGAACCUGCCAAUGUUUACAGUUCUGAGAAGGUUCUCCAUCCUGUUUACAAUGUUUGCUGAAGGAGUUUUACUCAACUCUGACUUGGCAUUUGAUCUCGAAGGAUAUGUUUUCAUUUUGAUAAAUGAUGUCCUGACAGCAGCAAAUGGUGCAUAUGUAAAACAGAAGUUAGAUUCAAAAGAGCUGGGAAAAUAUGGUCUGCUCUAUUACAAUGCACUGUUCAUGAUUCUCCCCACCCUGGCCAUUGCAUAUUUUACAGGAGAUGCGCAAAAGGCAAUGGAUUUUGAAGGCUGGGCUGACACCCUCUUUCUUCUGCAGUUCACCCUCUCUUGUGUGAUGGGGUUUAUCUUGAUGUACGCCACAGUACUCUGCACGCAGUAUAAUUCUGCUCUUACAACUACAAUAGUUGGCUGUAUUAAAAAUAUAUUAGUAACUUAUAUUGGAAUGGUCUUUGGUGGAGAUUAUAUUUUCACAUGGACAAACUUCAUUGGCUUAAAUAUCAGUAUUGCUGGGAGCCUGGUGUAUUCCUACAUCACUUUCUCUGAAGAGCAGUUGAGCAAACAGUCAGAGACCAGUAACAAGCUGGACAUUAAGGGGAAAGGAGCAGUAUGACCAGAGGAUUGCUUCGACGACGUAGGCCCAAGUUUUUGAUCAACUGAGAACACUGGCAAUUCUUACACAGACACUGAGGGGUGUCUUGAUUAUGGAGAAAAUAACCAUUCCUUUGCACUUGUACAAUCUGAGGAUUGAUUGCUGCCUUUUAAAAUUUUAUGAGAGAAACUUAUAAUUGACUCUAUUUUAAAUAUGCCGUUGGAAUUAAUUUAUAUCAAACUGGAAAAUGUACCGGGCUUUUUAAUUUAUUUCUUUUAUGCCGACAGUGAAACAUCGGUGUUUUGAAAAUAUUGUAUCCCAUAGUUUGAUAUCCAGGUGUCCCUUAGAAGCUUCAUAUAUACAGUGCUCCAACUGGAGCCUCCUCAUUCAAAUUGUUGCUGCAUAUAGAGGGAGGUUAGCCUUUCCUCUCCUGGAAAUGCAGCCAAGUAUCUAAAAUUUCUCCUUUUUAAAUUUUAUUUCUUAACAAUUGCAUUUUCUUCAUAAGGAUAUUAUCACUGCCUUUGCUAAAGACAGCUUUGGCACUAAAAAACUAUGUGGGCUUUGAAGUUGUAUUGGUCUCCAUGUUGGCUUCCCUGAGAACCCCUGGGAUGGGCACAGUGUAUCCCUUGAAAUUAUGCUAUUCCUUCUUUGUUGUGUAGGAUGGCGAUAAUGAAGGGAUGGAGAAAGUAGGCCUCUUACUCAUUUAUUCAUCUGUAGGAUUCAUUCAUUCAGCUCAAAUGUACUGGGUAUGUAAUAUGUACCUGGCAUUAUGCUAAGUGCUGGGGGUACAGAGAUGUUUUUGGAGGUAGUUGAAUGAUCUCACUCCUGCUGUUGUGACCGAGGGUUAAGAAAGAAAACUUAACUUGAUGAUCCAUUCAGAAGUUCUGAACAAGUCACAGAAAUUUUUUUCAGCUCUUAGAAACUGCAAGUCUGUAAAUGGGCUUGGAAGCACCUGCCCUUACCUACCCCACAGUGGUGAAACCAGAUGCUACAACAUGAGAUGACAUGCAUGUGAAGAGCUGCAUUUUAUUUAUUUAACAGGUUUUUUUUAAUUUUUUUUUUUUAACUCUGUACCCGAUGUGGGGUUUGAACUCAUGACCCCAAGAUCAAGAGUCGUAUGGAGAGCUGCAUUUUGUAAACCAUGCAGCUCAGCCCUUCUCUGAGGGAGAAUGGCAGGCCAGCAAGGUGGCCACCAUCUCUUUCCUGUGCUUCCCUCCUCUGGGUUUGGUUGCUAUUCUUUUUACUCCUCUUUGAAUUAACACAACUAGGCCUUACAUUCCUGAAUGUAUUGGUUUGAGGGGAAAGCCUGUUCAGAUGUUUCUGUAUUGUCAAGCCUUGGUCUUUGUCUGGGUGUCAGCAUUAGAGCUUAAAUGGCAUGAGCGUAGCCGUCUCCUCUGGAUACUCUCACCCACGUCUGGUGUUCCCUGGGCAUGUCAGCUUCUCUCACGACUUCCAUUACCUCCUGGGAGAGCAGCUGUGAAUGGGCAUUGCCUGAAUUGCCUCUCUGGGCAGGAGGGGCUUCCCUCACACACAGCGCUGUGAGCUGGCACAGAGACAUCCCUCGACUUUGGGUCUGAGUGUUUGCACAGGCUGGUUGUGCAGUCAGUGCAGAAGAGACUGGGUACUUUUGCACUGGUACACACUAACUUCUCUUUCGCUGGGUUUGGAACCCACAGGGCUCUAUUGAUCCAAACAAUUAGUAUUUUGAUGGCUUAACAGGAGGCCUGGAAGGUUUUGAUUUCUUUUUAUUUUUAAAAAAUUAUAUUGAGGUUAUUUUCAUAUUCGUGUGUUUCCUGUAUUUGGAUUUGUCUUUACUAAAGCCUGACCAGUGGUAUUGGGUCCCUAGAAUUAGCCUCAUGGCCAACUUCCAAGCUAAAAGCUCCCAAGGCUCCCUUUUUUUAGGGUCAUCUGAUCUGAGAAAAUUCUGGGGUGGGGCAUAGGAUAUUAUCUUACGCCAGGUGGUUUUUCUUGUCUCUGUUUUACCAAUAAAAAAACAAGACUCAGAGGAAGUAGGUGACUUGCUAAGAAGUAAAUAUUCAUGUUUCUCCUGUUGAACCAUUCUGCCAUUGAUUAACUGCCCUUUUCCUUUGAGAGUGAGGAAAUGGGGGUGCCAGCUGAGUCAGCUUGAGCUCUUUCAAGGAGGCAAGUGCUUGGUUGAAUGUGGAGUCAGAGAGGAAUACGCUUUGCAAAUUAGGGACAGUGGUGCCAGAGCUUCUAUCUAGCUUCCAGGUUGGCCUCAGUUGGUGUGAACUCUGGCUGUGAAUGUUUCCUGCCGCUGCCUGGUUUUGCCCGGAUAAGGUGGAAAGGCACCGUGAGAGUUAAUUUUAGUGGUUCUGUUCCUCCUCCUACCAAGCCACAUGGAGGGAACUUUGACCUUAGAAAUAAUUUUAGUUGUAGAAUUUCUCAUCAUGAAAGGCCUCUGGAUGUGUCUAGAGCUAUUAGGCUAGAACCCUAGUAGGGUUUGAACUGCUUCUUGGGGGUCAGGUUCCUUGAAGAUCUGUCAUCUUCUCAAGGUUUGAGAAAAUCACGUGUAAUUACAGCACAUUACCUUAGACCCCCACCCCGACCCCGGGCUAAACUUGCUGACUGGUCAGAAGCAGUAGAGCAAGUUGAAGCUGCUGCCCCAUCUGGGUUCUGAUUCCUAGAUGCCCCUUUCGACUUCCACCAACAUGUCAAGAUAAGAGAAAGCAGCAUGGGGAAGUUAGAGACUGAAUAGACUGGCCAACCAUUUUUGGAGUUUUUCAGUUACGUGCAGGGUAACUAGUGAACUAGACCUUUACCUGGUGCUCUGACAUCACCCAGAAUGUCUGGAUUUUGCCCCAGGGUUGAUAUUUUACAAGGCAAAAACUCCAUGACCUACUAACUACCUCCUGGGAGAAAGAGAGGCAGCUUUAUAGUUAAAUCCUUAAUUUGCCUUUUGAGACAGAUGAGCCGUGAUGAGAAUUUUGAAAACCAAAUUCUGUCUAGUGGCUCCUCUUCUCGAGUUAAUGACAGCCAAGUCCUCUUUGGCCAUUCUGCUUUUUAGUUCGUGCCAGAGUGAUUCAGAUAACCCUGGUUGACCAGACUGCACAUUGCCAACGUGUCAGGUGAUUGCUUCAUAUGGCUGUUAUUGGCUUUAUAAGUCAGUCAGCUUGCAUGUUGGUUUAAAAAAAUACGCAUCUGCAAGUUUUCUUACAGUCCCGUCGUAUCAAGAAUCCAUGGAAAGUUCGGGUCAGUAACGCCGAAACAGGUUCUUCACGGAAAGACUAGUAGAGUUUCAUAUUUGACUGGUUUGGAAUAGUGCUUAGGAUUUUGGACCUGCUUUUGUUAUUGUGGUCUUAUCAGUGAACAGAGAUUUAUUGAGCAUCGUUUUUAUGCCAGAGCCUUAUGCCAAGCUCUGGGGAAACCACCAUGAAUAGGACAGUUCUUGCUCUCAAGGAAUGUGUAAUUCUUUAGCCAGACCCAUAAUAAGAGAAAGGAAGUGAAAGAAGUCAGUGACUUGUAAGUAAGAGCUGUUGGCAGUUACCAGGGAUUAGGGGUGCCCCGCCCACCCAUAGAGCUGAAGCAUUUUUUUAAUCUGAAAGGACUUUUACAACUCCUGCUACUCUUCCAGCUCUGAGAGAAGUGCCAGGCUGUUAGAAUUGUGUGGCUAGCCUGGGUUCCCCCUCCCUCUAUUUCACGUAUUCUUUCUUCCCCAUAACUAUGUCAUCCAGGAGUCACCCCUUCUCGGUUUCAGUUACCCGUGGUCAACCGGGGUCUGGAAGCAGAUGCUCCUCCUUCUGACAUAUCCUCAGAAGGUCGGUAGUAGCUUCACGCUACCUCACGAUGCCUGCGUCAUUCACCUCGCUUCAUCUCAUCAUGUAGACGUUUUAUCACCUCACAUCGUCACAGGGGUGAGUGCAGUCCAAUAAGAUACUUUGAGAGACACCACAUUCAUGUAACUUUUAUUACAGUAUAUUAUAAUUUUUCUAUUUUGUUGUUGGUUGUUAAUCCCUUACUGUGCCUAAUUUAUAAAUUAAAUGUUAUCAUAUGUGUGUAUAGGACAAAAGAACGCAUAGGAUUCAGUACUGUCUGUGGCUUCAGGCAUCCACUAGGGAUCUUGGAACACAUUCCCUGUGGAUGAGGGGGGACUUCCUCAUCGGCUCCUCCUUAGGAAUGAGGCUGUAAUUGAUUUUUCCUUCCUCGAGGGAAAAACUAUAAUAUUCACAGUAAAUGAGAUAAUAGAUGUAAAACUACUCAGCACGGUGCCUUGUACAUAUUAGGCACCCGGCAAGUGUUGUUACUGUCAUACUUUCAUGGUGAGACUAUAGGCAAACUAGAUACUUCAUCUCUGCUCCUUAAAUGCUAGAGGCCUGGGCAGUGGGUAUGUUUCUUGAAAAACGUGACCCUGUACUUUGUUGCCUCUGGAAUGUUUAAAUAACAGUUGUCUUUUCAAAAAAAAAAAAAAAAAGCCUACUGGAUAUAAUUGUGGCCAUUAUGUGAUGCAGGUCAUUCCACCUGUUUUUAGAAGACAGAACAAAGAUACUUACAUUUUGGUGGUGAAUUUCAGAAAAAAAGUGAUUUUCUGUCUUCACCUCAGAAUGGUGAUGCUGGUUACACUUUCCCAGUUUGUCUCCUUAAGGGUUAGCUCCUCUACAGGCUCCACAGGCCAGACAUUCCUUCUUCCCUUUUCCGAGUGAAAUGCAUUGGCUCCGUGAUUUCUGAGUCCAUGCUUCUCUGGUGCUGUCGCUGUGUUCUGAGCUUGUCCGCUAGGUUUUAUAUGAGGGUGCCACUUCAUGAUGGUAAGAAAGGAUACCCGGGUUUUUUUAAGCUUUCUUUUUUGCAUUUUUAAAAAGAAAUCUACUGGUUAGAUUUAUUGUUUCACAAAAAUGUUUUUAGAGAUUAUUUUGUUCAUAAAUAGUUCUUUUUCAUGCUGAUGAUCAACUAAUUUUUGUCUACAAUUGUUGGCCUAUCACAGUAUUUUUUCAGUACAGAUCCUAUUUACGAAAUGACCAUUUUAGUGUUUUUAAAAGGUACUAAGGAUUGAGAUAUGUAAAUCAGGUGACAUAAAUAUGAAAAUUAUGUGCCUAAAUAUUUUUGUAAAGGUGUCAAAUAAAUACUUUUUCCUGAACACAUGUAUUAAAAUUCCUUUCUAAGUGCAUACAAAGAGCUGUAAGUCUGCCCACAUUUAAGAGGAUGGCAUCCAGUUAGUUGAUUGAAACCCUGUUAUAAACAGUUUGCCACCAUGAUACUGCGAUUUAUAAUAGAAAUUUAUAUUUGGUCUUUGUUCCUGUUCCUGGCACAUAGCUCCUAAAGUUCUUGUACGUUAUAACAAAAGAUAUUCCUAUAGCUCAUAUCUAUUUUUGUUCCAGGUUGUUGAAAUAAUUCCAUAGCCAUAAGGAUGAAAUGGGAGUCUUUUGUUAUUCAUAAUGAGCCUCUUUCAACCAACUGCACCUGUUUCUUAAUGAGGUGACCUUUGGAGAGCCCCAAAGGAUGGGUAGGAGCUGGUUGGUGGGGGGGACCAACUGUGGUGAUUUGUGUCGGGAACUUUCAGCCUCCUCCCCUACCCUUCUUGGGGAAGGGGAGAGGAACUGGAGGUUAAGUCAGGCACUGAUGGCCAGUGAUUUAAUCAAUCAUGUCAACAUAAUGAAGGCUCCAUAAAAAUCCCUGAACUACAAGGUUCGGACAGCCUCUAGGCUGUUGAACGUGUGGAGGUGCUGGGAGGGUGGUGCUCCCAGAGAGGGCAGGAAGGCUCCAUGCCCCCUUGCCACAUAUCUUGCCCAAUGCAUCUCUUCCAUCUGGCUCUUCCUGAGAUACAUCCUUAUAUAAGAAACUGGUAGUUUAAGAAAUAAACUGUUUUUCUGAGUUCUGUGAACUACUCUAACAAAGUAUUCAAACCUGAGCAGGUCCUAGGAACCUCUGGUUAAUAGCUGGUUGGCCAGACGCACAGGUUAACCACCAGGAUUUGUGAUUUGCUUUGGAAGGGGGUGGGGGAGGUAACAGUCAUGUGGGACUGAGCCUGUGAGUCUUGUGGGAACUCUGGGACCGGAUGCUAACUCCAGGUAGACAAUGUCAGGACUGGGUUGUAGCUGACACAGCCAGUGUUGCGGAUUUGCUUGGUACAUAGUAUUGAGAGAAGACACAGGAGGAAUUUUUCCUUUAUAGCCAUACAAGUAUUUUGUAUGAAGAGCACAUACGGUUAGAUACCCAGUGUCUCUGGCAUACUUGUGCUAAAUUCAAAGGAAAAUAUUUCAUCUGUUUAAUCAGUUGUCUAAGCCUCUGAGUAGCUUGACCAGGAAAUAACUCUAAAAUAAAACAAUGCUCAUCAAGAGAGGCAUUUUGGUACAGGCAAGCUCAACAGAAUUAGGAGUACAUUAAGGCUUUAAAGCUGUGGCAAAAUAUAAGCAUAAAGUUUACUAUUUUAACCAUUUUUAAGUGUACAGUUUAGUAGUAGUAAAUAUAUUCACAUUGUUGUACAGCCAGUCUCUAGAACUUUUUCAUCUUGCAACUGAAAUUCAUACCCAUUAAACAGCUCCCCAUUUCCCCCUUCCUUCCAGCCCCUGGGCAACAUUCUACCUUCUAUGAAUUUGACUACUCUAGAUAACCUCAUACAAGUGAAAUCAUACAGUAUUUGUCUUUUUGCUACUGGCUUCUUUCACGUAACAUAAUGUCCUUGAGGUCCAUCCAUAU